GAAGGUGUCUCCGGGCUCUCGCACUUCCCCUCUGUCAUUUUAUUUGUGGCUAACCCUGCAGCCAGGAUAGCAGCUGCAUUUAGGCUCUUAUUCGCUCUCUCUCUUUCCCUCCCUCCCCCUCUCUCUCUCUCCCUCCCUCCCUCUGUAGCUCGCUCCCUCUCCCUACCCCUCUCUUCUCUUUUUUAUCCUCUCGCUGUGGCAGUGGUAUACACCUUCCUGCCGUGCUGCCGGUCAGAGGGAGUGAGCCGGAGAGGAGAGGCAGGUAGGGGUUAGCAGUUAGUCAGCAGCCGGCCUGUCGGUACAAUCUCUCGCAUUCCUCCACCAUGCCUGGUCCGGGGCAGGGCCUGAGGACAGAUGCUGUGAACCCAUCCGACACCGCUCCAUUUAACUCCGCAUCUCAAAGUUUGCCUGUCCAUGACAGCGUGGAGGUACUAGGACGCAUCAGCAGCGGCCGACUGGCGCGUCAGAAUGCCUUGAGCUCAAAACAAGGAGUUUAUUCCUUUUUCUUUUCAUAGCUGCACGAGGACAAUUGAUCGAGAUUAAUGCUUGGAUUAUUACAAUAGAGAGGGAAAAGCAACAUGGGAGACCUGAAGUGUGGGUUUGAGGAGAUGCAGGGAGUGAGGCUGGGAUACCUGCUGAUAAAAGGAAAACAAAUGUUCGCCCUCUCCCAGGUCUUCACUGACCUACUGAAAAAUAUUCCCCGGACCACCGUGCACAAACGCAUGGACCACCUGAACGUUAAAAAACACCACUGUGAUUUGGAGGAGCUGAGAAAGCUCAAAGCAAUCAAUUCUAUUGCUUUCCACGCGGCUAAAUGUACUCUGAUAUCACGGGAGGAUGUGGAGGCGCUUUAUUUCUCCUGCAAAACGGAACGCGUGUUAAAAUCCAACAAAAGAAAAGCAAAGGCCAGUUUACCCGAGGAUGUGGGCGAGGGCAAGCUUCACGCGGACACGCACCCUACCGGGUUAUGGAAGGAGAAAGUUUGGUUAAGUUUACACAGCGUGCCACAGACUCUUUCCCUCAACAAAUCCGGCAAGAGAGAGCAACCAACCUCGCGCCCCGACUCCAAUCUACCUCAAAUUUACAAUAAAUCCCUCGAUCAGGAUUAUUCCUUUGUCACCAAGUCGGCAUGUAAACCUUUUAAAAACUAUGAAACAGCUCAAAUACCGGGCAAUUGCGUCGCAUUUAGCCAGAGACAUUCGUUUUUCCGGAGCGUGGUUAGCCGUCAGCCGGUGUUGUUUAAGUCCGCCAUUGCUGCUCAGUCUAGGCUCUCUGCAGCCGGCGACCUACUUCACAAAAGGAAGAGGAGGCGCGAGGGGGGCGGCGGCAGGGAUAGGGACAGCGGCGGCGCGAGGCAGUCGUGGAGCAGGAGCAGACACACACACUCACACACUCACCCUCACGCACACCACCCGGUGCUUCUCGUGCAGCCCAAGUGCUGCAGCAAGCCAAAAACCCAGCACAACCACAACGGGACAACUCUGGGCCAUUUCCAUCUUGGACGCGAGUUUUACCUCGACCACGGAGCUCACCACCAUCCUCACCCGCAGCAACAUGUAGGGGCUUUCCCGGAGAGCUACAGCAGUGACACCGAAUCCAGCUGCUACUCAGAGCCGCUCAACAACGACUCAGACUUUGGCUCCAGUUUAUCCACAAGCAGCAACUCUGGGACCUCUGAUGAGGAGGAAGAUGAGGAGGAUGAAGAGGAGAGCCCGUUGGAGAGUUCUGAGGUCAGUUCUGACGAGGAGAGUUCAUCUCAAUCUGACAGCAGCUCUGUGUCCAGUCAGGUCUCUGUCCAGUCCAUCCGCUUCAGGAGGGCCCGGUUCUCCUCUGUCAACGCAACCAAAAAUAUCACCACUAGAACUCUGCCUAACGCUAUAACUCUCUCCACUACUCUCUCCGGCACUAGAACUCAGUCCAACAGUAUAACUCUCUCGCACACUAAAGCACCUUUGCUCCUGCAGCCUACCUUCCACUACAGCCACAAGCAGCAGCCAUCUAUACCGGUUGUCCAGGGUGGAACCAGCCAGGUGGACUAUGCCAGUCCAAGGAAACAACAGAAGUACGAGUUUAUAGCAAGGGAGGCCAAGCAGGACGCACACACACACAGGUUCAGCUCGCCUGUCAUCCGGGGGAGUUGUUUCACUGAGAGGAGAGACAGGAAGGUUCCUGAGUCCCAGGUCCAGACCAAAAGAGAGAUAAAGAGAGCCGAGCUGGUGUCCAGAACAGUUUACGCACUGAGCCCCUCACCUAACCCCAACGGGAACAAAGCGGUUCCUCCGCACAGAACACCGGGACACGCAAACAAAUGCCCCUCAGUCCUGAGCUCACACUGCGCCCAUGACAAAGACACAAAGCACUCCAAGCCUACAGACAACAACCAGCUUUCAUUAGCUGCAAAUCUAAAGAGAGAGGUGAGAAUUAGCCCAAGCCUGAAACUGCCCUCUCCGCUCAAAACCAUUAAGACCGAGCCGGAAGAGCUCUCAGUGGCCGCGGGUCCCCUCCCUAACAGUGGCAGGGCGGUCAAGACUCCCCCCUUCAACCUGCAGAAUGUGAAAAUCAAAGUGGAGCAAAGCUAUGAUGAAUUCGAAUACAACAGUAAGGCCUCCGGGUUCCACUGCAAAGGAGACGAGGCGGAUAUCAACAAUGGCCAGUACCCCGGCGGCGACAUCAAACACGCUGCUGGCUGUUUCAACAACGAGCCCAAAGCCAUUGAAAGUUCUGCUGGGGCUCCCAAGUCCUCAUCCGGCUUGCAGGAAUGCAGGAGCACUCGAGACACCCCUUGUUCGGAGGAGGGGGAGUAUAAAAACGGAGUUGGGGUCAGGAAAAACUGCAGGACUCUGGUUCUGGGGAAGGAGUCUGGAAUGUCGAGGGCGCAGGCGAAACAGAACGUGUCCAAAGUUGACAGGACUUUAUCUUCUCGUCCCGUGGGCAAAGCAGAGAUUUGUGAUGGAAAUAUUGAGCAUCUAACAGGGGCGAGUAAACGAAAACGCGCGUCCAGUAAUGUAGCACCCUCUCCGAAGAGGCCUUUCAGCUUCAUGGCGAAUUUCCCCGCUCCUCCGUCCCUGGUUGUGGGCAGCGACGGGGAUUUAAGCCCAGCUUACUCUCUGAACUCUCUGGGGGGACCCCGACCUCCCACCCGCUCUCACCCCGUGUGGCGGUGGCAGCCUGGCGGUCGGACAGUCCCUCCCCCAUCCGCUCAGAGAAUCAGGAAAUGUUGACGCUUUUUUCUUUGACAAGAACAACCGCAACAACAACAAAAUCCUGGAUGGAAACCUACAGUACCUUGACUACAACAUAAGUCUUAAAGUGAAUGGGAGGCACUAAUGUAUUGCAUCCUUCAGUUGUUUUUAUUUAAAUGUUUUCCUUUAUUUGAUGUUGUGGAUUUAAAACAUUCCUCGUUGUUGUGGAGUUGUUGAUCAGUAAUACAUACACACUGCUAUUCUCCAUAACGCGCGGAACGUCUUUGAGCCUCUCUUCCUAUGCCACUGGAUGACCUCUCCUCGUGGAUUUAUUGUGACUAACUAACUCUAAAUAAGCUAUCCACCAUAAGCAAUAGGCUACACGAUUUGGCAAAAUGUGCUUAUUUACAUUUUUAUCGGAUCUAUUGUUUCUGUUCCCCUUGACGCUGGACCUGUUGGAUUUUACCAGGGUUACAGCUCGACCUGUUGGAUUUUACCAGGGUUUCAGUGAAGUAAACAUUUGUGCUGUACUGCCUUUGUGGUGAGAGAACGAGAGGGAAAGGCUCCCUCAUAAAAAUCACAGCACUCCUAUGCUGGUCUGUGUUUUUCUAUCAUCAGCUGGGUAGGCUUAAUCAACAGAUGCAGGGUUGUCCUUAAAUAACAUGGUUAGCCCUACUGUCUGUCACCUUAGCCUCAUUAGAGUUGUAGUUGGUGUUUUUCUAUAGGAUUUUAAAAACCUCAUAGAAACCCUCAUUUCGGUUUUAAUUUGAUGCUUGCCAGAGUUUGGGUCAAUUGUAUCUAUUUUCAGAUAACUAUUUUUGAAUUCGAUAUCAAAUGUAGAUUAAUUUCUUCAUGCAAGUCAAAAAUCAUAACGUUAAUUUCAGGCUAUAUUGAAUAGGACAUAAUUGUAAGUGACUUGACUCUUAUUCUGAUCUGGCUGGUGCUUGCCGUUUUUCAGAGUGUUUGUGAACAGCCUUGUUUCUAUUUCCUGAGAGUAUUUCCUGCAAGCUUAUGUUUGGCUGUAGUCAGACAGCUACCAGUGCCCAUUCAGGCCCAAAACAGUGCAGACCUUACAUACAGACAAUCACACAGAGAGAAAUGCCCAGACCUGACACAAAUCACGCCUUUUCGGAAAAAAUCGCACGUCCUGACAACCUUGACAUGUUUUUGCAUUUUGGUGGGACAUUUUCCUAUAUAUUACAGGUUUAUUGAUGAAUUGAAACACGCAUAGCCCUAAUGUAGCCUACACGAAAAAGAGAAUACUGUGAAAAUAACCCUCCUGUCCUACCAGUUUGGGAGUUGUACACUAAAACAAAAACCCACCAAAAGGGUGUCUUACAACACACUGAGCCUAAUGUAAUUUAGAAACAACACGUGGAGGCACAAGUGAUAGGCCUACAUGCAUUGCACGUUGACACACGCGGCCCCAUUUCAGCUUGAGGAGUGUAGGCUAGCUUGGCCUAAUUAUGAAAGAGGUGAUUGUUUAAGAGAAGCUUAAAAUAAAAUACAUUUAAAAUAAGGUUGGCUAUUAGCCUAUGUCCACUUAAAUAUUUCACUUAAAAUUGACCAUUUAUAAUUGGUUAUUUGUGGCCAUCCAUAGCCUACACAUGAAGUUGGACUGUUUACUAUUUGCAUAUUUAGGUCAAAACGGUAAUAUAGUUGUUUAUUGUACCCUUGCAUCUGAAAGCUUGCUGAAAUGCCCAGCACAGCAAGUUGCUGUGGAAUAGUUAUAUAUUAGCUCAGUGGGUAAAUGCGUAAUUACCUGUUUACAUUCUGCGGUGAAGCCCACCGUGCUGAAUUGACCUGAGAAAUUCUCCAGUCGGUCAAAAUUACUAAAAUAUAGUCUACAGAGGAUUAGCAGUCAGUCGAAAAUGUGUAGGCCCAAACACAAAGCUGGUUGUACCGUAUUAUGAUAGCAUUGCACUCUGCAGUGAUUCGAGUUUUACACAAAAUGCCAUGGCCCUCUCCAUAUCCCCAACUGAUAUAGAUUAGGCUAAACGCAGACUUUCUUCUCUCGUGUAUCAAGUCAGAAAAAUGUUUUCUAAUUUUGCCACGUAACCAUAAGUAUAGCCUUUAAAUAUUUACACGCGAUAAAUUUGUCAGACUUUUUUCAUUAUGUUAAAUAUUCUGAUGUUGUUGAUAGAAAAACACAGAAUAUACAAAAAAAAAGAAAAUUCUGUCAAAUGUAACUAAAGUUGCAUCUAAAUAUCUAUAUUUUCCCACCAACGUAAAAUGUUGAUUUUAUGAAGUUGUAGCAAAGAUAUUCCCCCUGUGACAAAGAGAAUAAUCAAACCACAUAACAACAAACCACAUGCCUGAUGUCAUGAUUCUCACAGCAACAUCAGCAGUAAAGACAGAAACAAAGGCCCAUUCGAUUGGUGAUUGUAGUUAAGAGAGAAAGAAGCUUGGGUUAACUCAAUGCUCAGAUUUUGUAUUGAUUGAGCUGUGUAAAAUGCACCUCUACCACCCCAAACCAUGCGUAUCUCCCUGUAGAGUAGGUAUGUAUAGAGGCAAAAAUGUGCCUCUAAACUAAACACAGCCAUUUUAUUCUCCAUUUGAAAAUGACGUGAUCCCUCCAACCUAGAGGGAGUUGGGGGAAGGGGACGAUCUCCCUGGGAGGAGAGGGAGGGGGAUUCAUAUGUUCUAGGAGGGAAACUUUCACCCUGUAAUGCCCGUGUCAAAGUUUACUGGGCCAGAGGAGGGAUAUACAGCGCAGCGUUCAGCGAGGGCACACACACACACACACACACACACACGCCCCUCUGUAGGUACUUACCAAUUCUCACGCCGAUCCCAGAGAGCCUCAUCCGGGCAAGGAGGUGGUGGUAGAGGCAUUUACGGAGGGAACUACCACAUCAGAGCUCUGACAGUGACGCUAUCAAUGUAAACAAUUGCAUGGUGUCGCAGCUCGAGGCAUGGGGCCCACCCCUCUUUCUCCCGCUCUAUCUCCUGCUUUGCCCCGCUUUCUCACCCAUUCCCCUAGCUUUUUGAUACAAUGCUUGAGGUCAGGAUUUUGACAUGAAAUUUGAAGUCACUGGUUGUUUAUAUAAAAAAAUAUAUAUUUAUUUUUGUGAAUUACUGAGUUUUUGUAUAUCAUUGUUGUGUAGGAUAAUGCACUCGAAAUGAAAAACUUGAAUGGUGGAUUUCUGAAGCACUUUCCCUUUCUUCUGAGUUAUGAAGUGUUCAUUAAAUACGUCUGAGUGUGA